GAGAGAGAGAGAGAGAGAGAGAUGGUAAGAGCCCCAUUCUACGACAAAAGUGGAGUGAAGAAGGGGGCAUGGAGUCCUGAAGAAGACAACACGUUAAGAGCCUAUAUUGAAGAACAUGGCCAUUUGAACUGGCGUUCGCUUCCCAAAUUUGCCGGUAUAUCUAGGUGUGGCAAAAGUUGCAGACUGAGAUGGACCAACUACCUUCGACCGGGUGUAAAACGGGGAAAUUACACUCAAGAAGAAGACGAUUUGAUCCUCAAAUUGCAUGAAGAAUUUGGAAACAAAUGGUCACAGAUUGCUGCAAAAUUACCUGGAAGAACAGACAAUGAAAUCAAAAAUCAUUGGCACACCCGCAUUAAGAAUCUCACAAAGCAAAAUCCAACAUCAUCUCAAUUAGCCAAAGAGCAGCCUUGUAAGCACGAGUCUUCCCCAACUGUAACUAGCCAAAACACAGAAUUAGGAGCUCAAAGUGGUCCAAAAUUUGAUGCUUCUCUUCACCAAAUUUUGGAGAGCUCUCCCUUGUCCCCCGAAACAUUUUCCAGUGACUCCUCCUCCCUGAGCUCCAAUCAGGCAUCUGCAUCUACUACUAUGAGUUGGUUUAAUGAAUCGAGCGGAGAUUUUUGGACCGAACCAUUUCAAUUGAAGGUCCAAAGUAACUAUCCAGUUAACUACUUGAGGGAGGAGGAAGUUUUAUCAUCACCAUCCUUAACGUUCUAUGAUAUAGGGGACAUGGACAUGGAUUUGUUCUUCCAGGUGAUGCCAACAUGGCAAGAGAAUAUUGAUUAAAUUAGGGUAACAAUGCAAAUGCAUAAUUAGCGCUUGUGGAAUAAAAAUUCUCAGCACCUUCAGUAUAAAUGUAGA